UCCCCCGUUGUCUACUAGCUGCCACUCUCAUCCACGUGCUUUUCAUGGCCGACGUCUUUCGGAGGCUGCCGCUGCUGCUGCUGGUCGUCCUAUUGCUCCUCCUCCUGGUUGUCUUCCACGUGUGCAUCCUCGGCGGCCUUCCGCGACGUGGUCGCAAAAGGAGGUGUGUGAAGAACAACGACAGAAUGGAGGGCCGGAAGGCGAUCAGCGGGUCCGCAGGGGAGCGCGGUGGGCGGUGGUCCGGGCACAGCCCGUCGAAUAGUCCAAGGCCGUCGGAGCGGUCCGGGCACGCGCACCUGCCACCGCACUUGCAACCUCUGCCUGACACAAACGACGAGGAAGGGGACGAUAGACGGUCACGGACCGUGCCGCUGGGAAGCGGAUCCACCCAGGAGUGGGCGGCUACAGAGCUGUUUGGAAGCCGUGACAGCGGUAAAGGGCAGUCGUACACCGAGCUCCUCCAGCAGGGGCUCAGCGACACCGGUGGCAAUGGCGGCGUGAAUCUGUCGUUUGGACUCGGCAGUGGGAGGUCGGCAGCCGUCUCUCGAACGGUCGUCGUAAACUCCCAUCCCGACGACGAUGGUGGUGACGUGACGGCUGUUCAACGAUCACCCAGGUCUCCAGCGCCGCUGCGGGAGGCUUCGGGGAACAACAAGGAUCCUCCUAGGCAGCAAUUUCGGUCGUCGUCUUUGUGUAGGGGUGCCUCUGCUCGACCCCAGUGGAUGCAGUCUCCGUCUCCCCUGUCCGCCGGUUCGAGUGCAGGUCGUCGUGUUGGCGAGUGUAGGGAGACGGCGCCUGCCGUUGCUGAUGUUGGUGACGCACGUGACGGAAGGGAGGUGUGGGCAGAACAGCGACGGUUGAUGAGGUCGGUGCGGGAGGAGUCCAUAACUCGGGGGGUGCAGCGAUUGCGAGUUGGGGAAGACGGACACGACGACGAAGAAGCAGUGGGGGACGCGCACGACCCCGACUGGAACGACAACGACGCUGAAGGUGGGGAGGACGACACAGGCUACAUUUCGCCGUCGAAGCAGGCGGCCGCUAUGGGAGGGAGGGGGCGGAAGACAAAGUCGUGUGGCGGUAAUGGUCGUCGGGGCAAAAGGACGGUAGGCAAGGGCAGCGAUGCCGAAGGUCGAUGGUGAAGGAGGUCGUCACUUCUGGUCCGUCGACGACAUUAUAGCCCUCAUCUGGGCUAAACGUAAUCAGGAUGCG